GAAGAAGCAGGCGCAGCAUCGAGGGCUGCGCACAAACUAGAACGAAGCCACCCGCCGGUCCCUCCCUCACCGCGGCACCCGGGGGACUUGCGGGGGAGGCCCAGCGUGGGCGGCCGUGUACCUAGCUCGGCCACGGUAGCCGCGCAGCCGGACAAGAGGAACUUGCUCGCUCGGGGCCAUUUCUGGGCGAGCGGCAACAGCCUCUUCUCAUCCUCUGGGACGGACAUUCGGCUGCAGGACAGGACGACAAUGCACCCCUUCUCACCCGCGCCCCGCGCCCCGCGCCCCACGCCCCGGCUGGCCUGCCACCCUGCCAGGACUGCCGCUCUUCAACCUGCGAGGAGUGGGGCGGGGAUCAUUUCGCUAGCUGGGCUCAGCAAGGCCGGGUGAACCCGCAGCCCCUCCUGGCACCGUCAGACUUGAGCGGAUCAGCUGCCCCCAGGACCCAGGAGAAAAACAAAGCGGGGGCCCACGAGGCUUCUGGGAAACGUAGUCCGCCAGGCUCCGCGCCUCCUCGGCCUCAUUCUCUGAUUGGCUGGGAGCCGCGCCGCUGCCUUGGGUCGCCACGGCAACAGAGCACUUCCCACCCCUGCACCGCCCCAUUCGGUUGUUGCUUACCACCCCGGAUGGGUCCUGCCCCUGCAUUCUUUCCCCUGUGGGAGGACUUAAAAGAGAAAUGGAGUUGGACUAGAGCAAUGAUGCAAGAAUCACUUAAAAAUUGGGGCGGGGAAAGGAAGUUGUGGUUACGAAGAACAGGCUGCUGAAGUUGCAUUAGGAAAGUUAGGAGGCUGGGUAGAGAUCCUAGCCCAGAGAGAGGGAGCAAGUACAGGGGUAGGGAGGCUUUUUCCUUCUCUGAAUCUGGAAGACCCUGGACAAAAACAUGGAACUAAUUUCUCCAGCAGUGAUUAUAAUCCUAGGUUGCACUGCUCUUUUAUUACUUCUUCAGUGGAAGAAUUUGCGUAGACCCCCAUGCAUUAGGGGCUGGAUUCCUUGGAUUGGAGCUGGAUUUGAGUUUCGAAAAGCCCCUCUAGAAUUCAUAGAGAAAGCAAGAAUCACGUAUGGACCAAUAUUUACAAUCUUUGCUGUGGGGAAACGAAUGACCUUUGUUACUGAAGAAGAGGGAAUUGAAGUGUUUCUAACAUCCAAAAAAGUAGAUUUUGAACUGGCAAUACAAAGUCCCGUCUAUCGUACAGCAUCAAUUCCGAAGAAUAUCUUUUUUGCACUUCAUGAAAAACUCUAUAUUGUGAUGAAAGGGAAAAUGGGGACUUCCAACCUGUAUCAAUUCAUUGAGCAGAUUACUGAAGAAUUACAUGAACAACUGGAGAAUUUAGGCACUCACGGGACGAUGGAGAUGAACAUCUUAGUAAGGUAUCUCCUUUAUCCAGCCACAGUGAAUGUGCUCUUUAAAAAAGGUUUCUUCCCCACAAACAAGAAAGAAGUCAGGGAGUUCUGUCAGCAUUUUCAAGCAUAUGAUGAAGGUUUUGAGUAUGGAUCCCAGAUACCAGAAUGUUUCCUAAGAAGCUGGUCAAAAUCCAAAGAGUGGUUCCGCACACUGUUUGAGAAAAACAUUCCAGAUAUAAAAACAUGCAAAUCUGCAAAAGAUAAUUCCAUGACAUUACUUCAGGCAGUGCUGGAUGUCAUAGAGAUGGAAACAAAUGGACAAAAUGGUCCCAAUUACGGACUUUUACUCCUUUGGGCUUCUCUGUCAAAUGCUGUUCCUGUGGCAUUUUGGACACUUGCUUUUAUCCUUUCUCACCCCAAUGUCCAUGAGACCAUUAUGGAAGGCAUUACUUCUGUGUUUGGCUCAGCAGGUGAAGACAAGAUUAAAGUGUCUGAGAAUGACUUAAAGAAACUCUUUCUAAUUAAAUGGUGUAUUUUGGAAACUAUUCGUCUUAGAGCCCCUGGUGUCAUUUCUAGAAAGGUGGUGAAGCCAGUUACAAUUUUGAAUUACACUGUUCCUUCUGGUGACUUUUUGAUGUUGUCUCCGUUUUGGCUACAUAGAAAUCCAAAGCAUUUUCCUGAACCCGAAUUGUUCAAACCUGAACGCUGGAAAAAGGCAAAUUUAGAGAAGCAUGCUUUCUUGGACGGCUUUGUGGCAUUUGGAAGCGGGAAGUACCAGUGUCCCGGAAGAUGGUUUGCACUGUUAGAGAUACAAUUACUUAUUAUUUUAAUUCUUUAUAAAUAUGAAUGUAGUCUUCUGGACCCAUUACCAAAACAGACCAGUGGCUCUCAGCCUGGAGCUGGCAUCAGGAUCACCUGGGGGCUUGUUAGAUCACGGAACAAUGGUCCCCAACACCAGAGUUCCAGAUCCAAGAGAUCUGGGAAAAGGACUGACUCAGCAUCGGACCGUUGUUCCCCAACAAGACAGCACAAGUAUGCCUUCUCAGGUUGGAAGGAUGACAUUUGUCAAAACCAGAGUUCUCUCCAUUUGUUGGGUGUCCAGCAGCCAGAAGGACAAUGCCGAAUUGAAUAUAAACAAAGAAAAUGAUACCUGCUGGGCCUCAGGAGGGCAAGGCCUCCCAGAGGAGUGACUUCUACCCCACAAGCUAACCUGGCAGCUCCUAGACCCAGGCAGUGCUAAAACAUACUGCUUAACUGCGUUUUAGGGUUUUAGUUUAAGAAAAUGUACAAAUGAUUCAUAUGUUUGGUAUCUUAAGAGAGGAUUAAAGAAACUACCAUUCUCUCACAGCUAUAGAGACAUGAAUACAUAGUUUAUGAAAAAUGUUUAAAUGACCAAAAAAGAGAGGUAUUUCUUAAGAAUUUGAUUUUCAUACAUAACUAGACUGAAACUAUAGAAAUAAUACCAUUUGAAUGAAAAUCUUACUUAGUGCUCUAAAUUCACUGUAAAACCAGCAUAUUUAUAUUUCUAUUUUGUAAAAGACUAAGUCUUAGACUCUAAAAAAAUAUUAAAUAAUGAUUUCUGGAAAUUUUCUAUUUUUCUUAAUAUGAUUAUUAGCUAGCACUUGGAAUUCUUAAGUUCCAUUAAUAUAAUUCUUAAUUGUAUACAUGUCAAAUGCUAAAAUGCAAAUAAAAUCAUAACUUUCUAAGUUCUGUGAGAGCAAGAAUCAUGCCUUUCUCUCAUUAGUACAUUCCCCUACACCUAGGACAGCACCUAUUCUAUAGGAGAUGUUCAAUAAUGUAUGUUGAUUGAUAUAUUGAUUUGUUUUUUAAUUAAAGUGAAAACAUUCUUUUGGCUCAA